AAUGGCAUUUGUCCUACUUAUUUGGAUUCUUUUACCCCUCCAGCUGAAGUUCCAUAUAAUUGCCCUUCCCAGUUUGGAAUUAGUCAGUGGGCGUGGCUAUGUAAGAGCCCAGCCCCUGUCCUUGUGUGUAGCAGAGCCGGCGAGGGCAGAGGGACAGAGCUGCGGCUGAAGUCAGAGCUGAGCGAUUUCUCCCCGUGUGGCCGUAUCAGACUCUGAGCUUGUGGCAUCGAGCAGACUGGAGAGGCUCAUAUGCAGCCCCGAGGCAGUGACAGCCCCGCACGUGUUGCUGUGAAUGGGUCUGCUGAACGGAAAUUCCUUUAACACUGUGUGCGGCGACCGCCACAAGUAAUUUAACGGCAGAGCGGCGGGGCGGAUCGGAGGAGAGGACAGGAGAUGUGCGAGCGCUAAAGCGGAUGCGUGUAUGCGCAUGCAGGUUCAAGCAUGCUGGUAUCCCAGUUGGUUGUGGUGUGCGUUUUCCUGAUCUUCAUUCUGGUCAGAAGCAGAGUAUUUGCCAAGAAUGUCAACCAUGAUCAAGUCAGACAUUCUUUAGAUCCCACACCAUUCCCGAACAGCUUUAAGUGUUUCACCUGUGAGAAAGCUAAAGAUAAUUAUCACUGCAACCGCUGGGCAGAAGACAAAUGGUGCCCACAACACACUCAUUUCUGCAAGACUGUGCACCACUUUAACAGCCACGGAAAGAGCAUGUCUGUGACUAAAAAAUGUGCCAUGAAGGAAGAAUGCCACAGUCUGGGGUGUCACCAUCGCAUGGAUUCAGGGCAUACAGAAUGUGUGUCCUGCUGUGAAGGGGCGAUCUGCAAUGUGGAGGUUCCAACGAAUCACACCAAUGCCAUAUUUAGUGUCAUGAAUUCAUAUAGAAAAUCUGAUGCUUGUAGAUCCACCUCUUACUCCAUCAUCAUGGUUUCAGCCGUAUUAUUACUCCUCUUACUUAAGCCAUGAAGCAUAUCUGGAUAUAACCAGAGAUGGAUAAGACACUUUAUGAAACUUUGCUUCCUGUGACUUGAUAUACUUGAAGAAUGUGCAGUGACAUAGCCAAGAAAGACAAGUGUGCCAGUUUGGGUUGGGUUGUACAAGUGGAUUACUGUUGGACAUGGCCUACGUCUAUGACUGCUAGAUUAGACAUAAUGCAAUUUGAACACUAAUUUAACUUGAAUAAUGUGACAGGAGUAGAUUUUGAACGAAUUGGGCGGAGAAGAACAAAUCUCCUCUCUGAAUGUACAGCAGUGCAAACAUUUAUUAACAAAUGUUAAAGAAAUCAUGGAUACACUAAAUAAUACAGACUUUACAGACUUUCCUGCUGGGUUAAACAGGAACCUUUCCAGGUGUGGGAGAUUAUUCACUGGAAAUUUACUGGUUGUUGAGCCAAGCAAAACUAUGACCAGAAUUUGGUGUGGGCUGGCCAUGGUAGUUCCAAGUGAUAAGGUUUCCUGUAUGGCUAAACAUUUAUAGCAAAAUAUAAUCCCUAAUAGUGCAUUUAGGGUAAAAAAGCGAAAAGCUGAAUGUGGGUCUCACUAACAAAAAUUGCAGAACUUAAAGGGGAGAUAUACAUUACAUGUCAAUGUUUCUUCUAAUCAAUGCAAAAAGAUUCUCCACUGACUAUUCUAUUCAUGCUUGACUUUUCUUAGUUUCAUACAAUUGUCACCAUCAUUUUUAGGGAAGGUGCACUUCCCCUUUCAUGUUAAUAUAUUUUAUAUAAUAUUUUUUUCCACAAUAUACUACAUAAAAUCAGUUUAACUUCUGUUAACUUGUGUUUAGUUUUUUCUAAACAUGAAUAUAUAGAAAACUUCAGUAAUUUAUAUAGGGGUAUGUGUAUGCAGUAUUGUAAAUUAUAUAGGGAUAAUGUACCUCUACUGUAAAUAAGAAGGAUAUUAGAUGUCACUGAGGAGUUCUGUGACCAUAUAAAGACAUAAGAUUGCAGGCUGAGUUAUACACGGAACUCUGAGUAUCACUCAUGUAUUAUAAGGGAUAAUGUACCCCCUACUGUAAAUUAUAAGAAUAUUAGAAGCCUUGGAGGAAUUCCGUGGGUAAAAACUGCAGCCUAGGCUAUGCAAGUCAGGGAAAUCCAGGGUGAGUUCUGAAAUACAUUCAUAGACCAAUGGGUUAUCCACUUAUGUUAACAGGACAAAUAACCAA